GCGGGAGAUAAUACUGCACUACGCUGUGGCCGUCUGCCAUCGUGGCGCCAAGUGAGGUCCGGCGCGGCUUGCAACGACCAAGAUUUUUUCUGUUAAGCCAGAGAAGGUUACGUGUGGACUGUCUGAAAGAAGAUGCUUGUGAGCAGACAGACGACAUCACUGGUGGAAACUGCCUUGCUCCUUCACUGAAACGACUGAGUUGUCUCAUAAAGAAGGGACAAAAUCUUUUUCUUCAACAGUUAUUUGCUUUAUUGAGAGAAAUCAACGAUGUCGGGAUCUGCUGCUGGAACGUCGAGCUCUCAAGAGAAAGCUGAAGCCGUCCGAUCUGAAGACAUGGCGUCAACAACUUCGACUUCAUCACCUGUGUCAGCAGAUGGGGGUGACUUUGGGAGUGAGCCUGGCCCCCGUAAAGCUUCGAUUCUCGAUUUGGAUGAAGUUCAGAUGGCAGAUGAUGCAAAAGCAGAGGGUAACAAGUUAUACGUUCAGAAAGAUUAUGCUGGGGCACUUGAGUGCUAUGCCCGCGCGCUAGAGUUGAUCCCUGUGCAUGAAGACACUAUUCAGAACAGGGCAACGUAUCAUGCCAAUCGAGCGAUUUGCUUUCUCCAACAGGCUGAAUAUGUUGAUGCUGUGAAGGAGAGCACCUUGGCGUUGGAGCUAAACCCGAAUUACGUGAAGGCGCUCCUCCGACGAGCACAAGCACAUGAGAAGCUCGAUCAACUCGAGGAAUCAUUGCAAGAUCUGAAGAAGGUGGUGGAGCUUGAUCCUUCUGAUAAGCAGGCCAAGGAGGCAGUACGAAGACUUGAGCCGGCGGUGAUGGCCAAAAGAGAGAAGAUGAAGGAGGAAAUGUUAGGUAAGUUGAAAGACCUCGGCAAUUCCCUUCUUGGUCACUUUGGUAUGUCAUUGGACAAUUUUAAAGCGGUUCAAGAUCCGAAGACCGGCGGUUACUCAGUUAAUUUCCAGCGGUGACGAGCAAGCUCUAAUGAAAGGUGGACUGAGUUGGCAGAUACAUGUUUCCAGCAGUGAGGAUGAUUCUCGAUCAGCAAGAUGUAUGGAAAGGUGGACUGAGGUGGCUCGUACUGUUGUCGACAAUGGCGCUGCGGCGUAUGGAUGGCAUUGGGAGAGGUGUGGACCUCCUCGGCUCGUAGGCUGAUGACGGACAAGUGAAUAGUAACCUAAUGAAAAGGAAAGGAUCAGUGCGAUCGUCUUCUUUCUCUACCUGCACCUGAGUGGCAAACUGUCGUUUUCUGCAUUGCGAGAUCUGAUUCCCCGAGAGGACAUUGACACAUGCAUUGGAAGACCUGUCGCCACUUCCCUCCAGUCUCCGUGCGAGUGUCUCAAGACACAGUAUUGCUCGUCUCUCGUGAUGGUACAAGCUUCGGGACUUCAACAACCCACUGGCACUCUUUUGAUUGCUGGUGAGGUAUGGACAACACGGAGAACACGGAAGCACCGAAGUUGUCUCCUCUGGGCUGUCCCACCUUUUUGCGGUGUGGUGCCAUAAGGAGUGUGGGUUGGGUGUACGUGGAGACAGUGUGCGUUGGAUGCCAUAAGGCGUGUGUGUCAGAUGUUCAGCAAGUGUGUGUGGGAUGUUUAGCCUGUCUGUGCUUGUGGAAGACGUUCACAUACAUGCCAGUGUCGGUCAGAGUAAAGUGCAGCAGACCAAGCAGUGCGUGCCUCUUGUGUCCAUGAGAGCAGCAUUGAAAGCCAGAAUGACGCAGCAGUGCUCGUCUCUUGUAUUUGUGUGAGGAUCAAGACUAGUAGUGACGCUGCAGAUGGCCUCGGACGCACAAGCGCAUCCAGGCAGCGCUGGUUUUUGGUUGUGUUCAUGCAAGCAUUGGAUAGAAAACCAUAUGGCACCCUCGUCCCCUGUGUCCGUGUGAGCAUCAGUACUCCUGGUGGCCCAUUUCCUGUCUGUACGUAUGCCAGGAGGCCUGGUGGUGCUUUCAUCUUGCCUCCGUCUUCGAGGGUUGGAAGGUCCAGGAGUCUUUUGUCGGCACAAGCAUAGAAAGACCCGGUGACCUUUUUCUCCUGUCUCUUGCAAGCUUUGAAUUUUUUGUGCUGCCUGCGUCUUGCGGUAGUGGAAGAGCUGCUGGCACUGGUAUCAUGUACCCAUUGUGUGGCUACUGGGAGAAUGCUGUUCAUAGAAAAACCUGGUGGCACUUCCAUAUUGUCACCCUGCAAGUCUUGGAGUGCCUGUGUACCUGUGUCUUCCAUCGGUGUAAACAGUUGAGCGGCGUAAACAAUUGAAGAGCUGCUGGUGCUCGUAUCCCUUUUGGUUGACUAUUGGGAGAAUCAGUGGUUCCUUAUUCCUCCAGCUACUCACGGUUGGCCUUGAGGUGGUAUUCAUCAGUCUUGCAAAUCAAGCUUUGCGGUCCUGCUGCUCCAACAAUGGAUAGAGGCGGUCGGUCGGUCGGUUGGUCUCACACACACACACACACACACACACACACACACACACACACACACACACACGCACGCACACAGGGCCCGCAGGAGAGGGCCACGCAAUGGUGGAAAAAAAUGCAGUGGAGAUGCUCAAACUACGGCCAAAACGCAGAGAAACGGCCCCCUGGCAAACCGCGAAAUCGCAGUAGUAGCCCCUUUUGUAGAGUCUGAUCGCCCCUCCAAGUCACCACACCUCCACCUCUGUCCAAACAACAGUUACGCAGCCUAAAAUGAUUAUGUUCGAAUAAAGCACCCCCUUGUGC